CAUAGAUGGGUCUGAAAUUUUCUGCUCGGACUCAUGUAUGUCACUACGACCGCCUCGGGCCUCAAAAAACGGAAGAAUCGUGGAUCCGACGCAGAGCAUGAUAUACCCAGGAAGAAGAAAUCGAAACAGGACGCGGGGAAGCCGUGCACCACACCUUCGACAAGUGAAUUCCGGGUGACGAAAACUACCAUAACGCUCUCUGUACCUCCAGUAUUCGCCGGCAAUCUACGCGCGGGUGUGGAGGAAUUAUUAGACAGCAUGAUCAUGCGAUAUAUCCCGUCCUUGUGCGGUGUUCUCUUGACUCACUCAAAUUCACAUUUCCCCAGUCCAACAGCGAGCAUCAAUGCCGACUGUCCUUUCGCGAUUUGCGAUGUCACUUUCGAUGCUACGAUCUGGAGCCCGGCUGUAUCUAUGAAACUUGUAGGUAAAAUUAUCCUAUAUUCUCCCGAUCACGUCUCGCUACUCCUCCACCGUACGUUUAACGUUUCAAUACCACGACGCCACAUUCCGCAAGACCUCUGGGAAUUCGAAUAUGGAGAAGGGUCAUCCGUCGAGGAAGAAGGGGAUGGAGGACUGAAGGGUGAUGAUGUUGAGGAGGCGGGAGGCGAUGCGGUACCGGAGGCGAGCGGACAGUGGGUACACCGCGUGACGGGGACGAAGCUUGGCGGAACAGAUGGGUAUCUAGAAUUUACGGUCAUUGGAAAAACUGUGGCGAACGAAAUGCUCUCCCUUCAAGGAUCUAUACAGCCAGAUCCCUUUUCCGAAGAAUACUCACAAUCAGGCAAGAGCUCACGCAAAAAAAGUGUCAAAUAAUUUCGGAUUACCGCUCUGGCGUCUCAGAGGCUUCGUACAUAAAUCGUUGAGGGCCCGUCCUCGACAACUCGUCCAACGCUUCUCG